AUGUUUUUGGCUAAAAAGCCUUCAUACACACUGAGCUUCAGAGCGAACCUCUGUGCAAGAAAGCAGGCAAACGAGCAAGCAGGCAUGGCUUGGGAAUUGGUCUAUUGGCUAAUCUGCUUCUGCGUUGACCUUGCCCUCUUCGCCUCCAGCCUUUACCAAUAUGUGAUGUUAACAGACUUGGAGGCUGACUAUCUCAACCCGUACGAACUAUCAAAUCGCAUCAAUCAAUUGGUUGUCCCUGAGUUCAUAGUGCACAUUGUCUUCUGUUCUUUUUUCCUUUUGGCUCAACGUUGGUUCAUGUUCCUUAUUACAGUCCCUCUUACUUGCUAUAUUGCGAUGCUGUUUGUAAAACAGCAGCAUCUUAUUGAUGUGACUGAAGUGUUCAGGGUUCUUAAUACUGAGAAGAAAUGCAGGCUUGUCAAACUUGGUUUCUACUUUUCCCUCCUUGCUGUAAUCAUCAUCAGGCUUACCUUAGCUGCUUUCAACUCUUUGACUAGUGAAGAACAUGCUGUGAUAUUUUGAUUACUCACUGCUUGACAGUAUGAUUGCCACUCAUUGUAAGUUUGUUUUCUAUCUAUAGUUUUGUACUACUGAAAGAUGAAUCAUAGCUCAGGGAUUAUAGAAAUUUAGAGCUCAAAGGGUAGAAUGAUUGAUUCAGUGGACAACCCUACCCUUUUGUUGUUUGAUAUGUGAAGUAUUCGCGUUGACUGAUAAGCAUGGUGAAUCCUUGUAGAUUGUACCUUUGUGUUCAGAUGAUUAAUGGUAUAGUUGUUACUUGUUA